UCUGCACAUGGCGCUGGAGUGAGAAGGCUCAGAGUUUUUUUUUUUUUUUACCUUUAUGUAUUCAAGUUGGGGCGUGAUAAAAAUCUUUAUACAUACUGAAUAUUGAAAAAAAAAUUAUUUUCACUACGGAUCGAGAUAUGAGCUGGUCACCGAAAGCUAGAUACGAAGGUCUCGAAGACAAAGUGGUCUUGAUCACAGGGGCCAGUUCAGGGAUUGGGGCAGGUGCAGCUGAAGUUUUUGCAUGCCAUGGAUCAUUUUUGAUCCUCUGUGGCAGAAAUGCAGAGAACUUGCAACAAACUGCAGACAAGUGCAUUGAGCUUGGUCUGUCACCUGACAAGAUUGUCCAAGUGGUGGGUGACGUGGCAAAGAGAGAAGACCUAGAAGCUUAUGUGAACAAGGGGCUUGAGAAGUUUGGACGCUUAGAUGUUUUCCAAACAUGA